AAACAAACAAACAAACUAAACUAACAUUCAAAGUCUCAAUCGAACCCUGAUAAUCGUGUUUCAUUGUUUCAGAAUUUGAGAUUGAGAGAGAGUGAGAACAAGACUUCCACAUGACGAAGCUUCUCGUGUUCUUUGUUGCUUUUAUGCUUCCACUUUCUGGGUUCUAUGAGUUUGGUUUAUGCACGCAGCAGGACAACAACAACAACAACAACAACAACAACAACAACAACAACAACAACAACAACAACAACAACAUCAUUACAAUGAAUCUGGGAGCACGCGAUGCUACUCCUGACGGUGCUGCAAUUGAAAACCUUGCUCGUUUCGCCGUUCAUGAACAUAACAAAAAAGAGAAUGCCCUUCUUGAAUUUGCAAGGGUAUUGAAAACCAAGGAACAGGUGAUAGCAGGUAAAAUAUAUUAUCUUACAUUGGAAGCAAUUGAUGGCGGAAAGAAGAAGAUUUAUGAAGCCAAAAUUUGGGUGAAGCCAUGGAUGAACUUCAUACAAUUGCAGGAAUUCAAGCUUGCUCAUGUCACCUCUCCCUUCAGGAGUUCAGAUCUUGGCGUUAAGCAAGAGGGACACAUAUUCGGAUGGUAUGAAGUGCCAAUUCACAAUUCUGAGGUCAAAGAUGCUGCUAACUAUGCUGUGAAGUCCAUUGCGAAGAGGUCCAACUCUCUGUCUCCAUACGAGCUUCGGGAGAUUGUUCUGGCCAAGACCAAGAAAAUUGAAGACUAUGUCAAGUUUAACCUGCUUCUGAAGGUAAGCAGGGGAAUCAAAGAAGAAAUAUUCAGGGUUGAAGUGAAUAAGAAACUAGGGGGGAGGUUCUACGUGAGCUGGCUGCAACAAGACCACUCCUGAAUUGAUCAGCUAUCCUUAUAUUAAUUAAUGCAAGUGGAGUGAUGCUGCUGUUACCUAGUAUAUGAAAAGCUUUCAUGAAUGGGUUCUGUGUAAUAUUGUGCAUAGUUUGUAAAGGGUAAUACAUUUAAGGACUAUUAUAGAUACAAUAUAUACACGCCUUUCAUAUCCCAUCUGUAAAUAUUGCAUAUAUCAUUAGCUGUCUUAUAAAAUCAUUCUGGUCUUGCUUCUACUACAUCCUUUGUGUGAAAGUGUGUUUGUAUACAAAGUUGAGUACAAUGUGAAUGGAGGUUCAUCUCAAAUCAUAAGAGUUUUGUUCAA